CUUAUCAGUAUACUUUCCACGUGGACAAAUUAAAUUGGAACGAGGCUCAUCGGAAUUGUCACCGAAUGAAUAGAAAUCUACUCCAUCUCAAAACAGUCAAGCAACAACGAACAAUGGUAGAAAUAACAGACUUAUGGGUACAAAAUAACCACAUUAAUGAUAAAUAUUGGAUAGGGGGCUUUAAUUAUGUGAAUACGUCAAAUCCAGGCCUGGAUGGUUGGUAUUGGGAUGAUUGUACCCCUAUUGGAGAACCCAGUCACUGGGCCUCAUCGGCCCACGAUGAUUCAAAGAAGAAAUGUGUAUUUAGGAGUAAACAUGGCGAGACCUGGUUUACAGACAGGUGCGACAACCAGUUCCAAUAUAUCUGUCAAAUCAAUAUAGGUGAAUGUUGGUUCGAAGACAGGAAAAGCCGGAAAUUGAUUGAUGACACCGGUUCGGGACAAGUCGUUAUCAACAAAUCACCCCGAUCACUCGCUGACUGUAAAGAAUAUUGUCAGGAUUAUGAUGACCCGGACGAAGACUGUACAUCUUUCACCAAUAAGGACAAUGAAUGUUUAAUUAUUUUAGGACCUUACACAAGUAAUACUUUUCAACCCAUCAUGCACAGCGUGCCAAAUUAUACAACUUUUAUCAAAAGAUGUUAUACUGCUAAUGUCGGUGGAGAAGCGGCGACUGAUGAUAUAAGAGGGUUUGUGGAGCAAUAUUACCCAGAGCCGCUGUGUCGACCUAAAGCGACAACAGCGAACACUCCUGCAGCAACACCACCACCAACUACGGCUUCUCCUGAAACAACAGCUGUAUCCUUAGCUGUCGCAGAUACUACAAAUAAUGCUGAAUCAACUAUUGAAGAUACCACAACAACUGUUGAAUCAACUACUAUAUAUACCCCGACAACUAUUGAUUCGACUACUGAGCAUACCGCUACGUCCGAUGAAUCGACUUUUGUAGAGGCUACAACAACCGCGGAAUUGACCACUGUAGAAGCCGUUGAUUCGACUACUGAAGAUACCACAACAAAUAAUACUGCAGAUACCAAAACAACCAUGGAAUCGACAAGUUAUGGUACUACAACACAUGCCGAAUCACAAGAAAAUACAGAUUCUCCACCGACAAGCAAGAUUUUAAUCUUACCAGUUAACAACGAUACUAUCAGUAGCAAUUUAACAUCAGAACCGAGCUCCAACCAAACUGCAGGAAUAACAGGAAUCAGUGGUCGUCCAUUGUGUAGAUGUAGAUGUAGACGAAAUGGGUCAAGGCUGAGUUUGGAGAACAUUUUGUCGUAUUUGUCAAUAGAUGAGAAGGUUUUAUCAGCAAAUGUGAGACGAAAGAUCAGUAUUUCUGAUGAAAGACCAUCAGCUGUAGCUCUUGGUAUUCUAGGAAUAACUCUGCUCGUUGCUGCGAUUUCCCUCUUUAUUAUUUCUGAUACAACGAGUUUUAUCUUUAAUCGAGGAUUUCAUUAA